AUGGAUGGCCAAACUGAGGUAAUUAAUAGGUGUCAGGAAAGCUACUUACGUUGCUUUGCUUCUGAGCAACCAAAGACUUCGUCUCAUUGGGUUCCAUGGGCAGAAUUUUGGUACAAUACUACAUUUCAAACUCCAAUUGGUAAAACCCCAUUUGAGGUGGUAUAUGUGAGGCAACCCCCAAGCUUGUUGCGUUUUCUAAGCAAUGAAACCAAAGUAGUAGUAGCUGUGACUAUUGAACCAAGUGAACGAGACGAGGCUCUGGGACAAUAA